UGUACAUUAAAACUACAGGCACUAGUGUAUUUGUGUCAACAAGACCUAAAUGUGUCCUUAAAUAAGGUCAUGUCACAAAGAUAAGGACUAAUUUAGUACCAUUACUAGCAGAUAUGGAUAUCUUACUAUUCCUUACAGUCUCCGGUCUUUUUACGUCAGUGUUAUGUGAAGUAAAUAAAACAAAACAGGUCUGCUACGAACAUGUAGGUUGUUUCAGCAAUGCUCCACCUUUUGAUAACGCAGAUUUGGUUCUUCCAAAGUCUCCUAGCGAUGUAGGCACCCAGUUCCUGUUGUUUACCCGUGAAGGACCAUCAGGAAAUGUCACAAACAAUAUCACUUACACCAACACAACUGAUUUAGAAAAUUCCUACUUCUCCACAAGUAGACCAACGAAGUUUAUAAUUCAUGGAUUUUCAAACAAUAUUAAAACUGAAUGGAUAUACGUAAUGAAAGAUGAACUUUUGAAAAAGGAAGACUGUAAUGUAAUGAUUGUGGUAUGGGGACCAGGGGCUAAAUUUCCAGACUAUCUCGCUGCUGUAGCUAAUACCAGAGUUGUGGCAGAGCAAGUGAAACAAAUGAUCAUGAAUAUGGUUUCCAUGGGAAUAACUUAUCAAAGCUUACAUCUGAUUGGUCACAGCCUGGGAGCACACACAUCCGGUCACGUUGGACAGCUGCUGAGAAAAGAAAACCUUCAUUUAGGACGAAUUACUGGAUUGGACCCAGCCGAACCGGACUAUAAGGAUCAUCCUAAAGUUGUGAGACUGGACAAGCUGGACGCAAUCUACGUGGACGUUAUACAUACAAAUGGAGCUCCCUUCUCAAAAGGAGGUGCAGGAAUGUUUGAGCCGUGUGGAGACGUGGAUUUCUACGUCAAUGGAGGAGAAAAUCAACCAGAUUGUCCGGACCAAAUCUCUGGAGCUCUCAGUCAUCUUGGAGAUCUUCUUUCAGGAAAAGUGGACGCUUUGGCCACUGUGGUAUCAUGUAGUCACAGUCGAGCACAUGAAGUUUUUACAGAGUCUAUCAACUCUAACAACUGUCAGUUCACUUCAUACCC